AUGAAACGAUAGAAUUCUGCAAACGCCACAACAACAAGUCCAAGUAAAUUCUUCUCCAAUACUUCAAACCAAUUUUCAGAAAUACUUAAAUAAAUUACUUAAAAUUCUAAUAAUAAACCAAUGAGAAAAGCUUGCAGUCCAAACUCGAACAAUCAAAUGCAAAAAAGAGUAAAAACAUAAAUUACUAGUAUAUCUCGAAAUCCUAAUUUAAAUAUUCAUAAUAAAAACAUUAGUGCAAGUGUUCCUAAAAAUAAACUAGAAUAUUAUUAGGUCUUAGAAUAGAUUGGAUCAGGAAAAUUUGGUAAAGUUUAUAAAUGUUUACUCAAUUAAACUAAAAAAUUAUAUGCAAUCAAGAUGAUAGAUAAACUAUAUUUAAAAAAGAAUUAAAUGCUACAUUAAUUACAUAGAGAAGUUGCUAUUUAAUAAAUGUUGAAACAUCAAAAUAUUAUUCAGUUAGUCGAAUUUUUUGAAACAACUAACAAUUAUUGUCUCGUAUUAGAAUAUGCUACUGGUGGUACUCUCUUUUAAUCAUUAAUGAAACAAAAUAAUAGAAGAUAUUCAGAACCAGCAGCAUCAAAUAUUAUUAAAUAAGUUGCGUGUGCAAUUUAAUAAAUGCAACAAUAAUCCAUCAUCCAUAGAGAUUUAAAACCUGAAAAUAUUUUAUGGUGUAAUGGCUAAAUUAAAAUCAGUGAUUUUGGUUGGUCAGUAUAAGAUAAAAAAGAAAGAGAUACAUUAUGUGGUACCAUAGAUUAUCUUUCACCUGAAAUGGUAUUUGGAUAAUAAUAUGAUAAUUCUAUUGAUCUAUGGUCUUUAGGAGUACUUACCUUUGAAUUAACCACAGGAAGAACUCCUUUUUAAGUUCAGGAGGGCUUUACUUUAUAAUUCCCAGACUAUUUAUCAGGGGAUGUUAAAGAUCUGAUGAAGGGAUUAUUAACUGAUAAAAAAAACAGAAAAUCCAUCGAAUGGGUAUUAAAUCAUGUCUGGUUAAGUUGA